CGCAUCCCACUUUCUGUCGAAACGAAAGUUUCAGCAACACAAUCUGCUCGAGUCCCCCUGUGCCAGGGCACACGCUCAUCUUCCCAGACCUCCAGCCUCAGCGGUAUUCAACAAACGAGCGUAAGAGCUCAGAAUGUUGAGCCACCGAGGCUCUGGCCGAGCACUGUCGUGGACCUUCCUGCUACCACUCCUGGCGCGUGUCCAGGCUGCGCCGACGGACAUACCCUCUGCGGCAUCGUUCUACGUUCCUAGUCUUCCGGGCCUGCACCAGGACGAGAUACACCCCCUACAUAUCUACGCUGGCCACAUCCUUUCGGAUCCGCGAGCCGCGGAAGCGGACAGCAAGGAUGUUCUCGCACAUCUGUUUUUCGUCAUGAUCAAGGCGCGGAGGACGACCGACAAGGAGAGGCUUAUGUUCUGGUUCAAUGGAGGGCCUGGGUGCUCUUCAUUUGACGGCUUGAUGAUGGAGUUAGGACCGUGGCGGGUAGAUGGGGAGGGUGGUCUGAAGACUGUGGACGGAGGCUGGGAAGAAUACACCACUAUGGUCUAUAUCGAUCAACCUGCCGGGACCGGACUUUCAUACACAAGCACCAACCACUACGUCAAGUCGCUAUCGGAGGCAUCAGAACAUGUAAUACAGUUCAUGCGUACUUUCUACAAAGUGUUCCCGGAAUAUGCAACCGUCGAUACUUAUCUCGGCGGUGAAAGCUAUGCGGGGCAAUAUAUUCCAUAUUUCGCUGACGCCAUCUUGAAAUCCGACAUAAACAUGCCCUUGCGGGGAGCUGCUAUCGGUAAUGGGUGGAUAGAUGCUCGGAGACAGUAUCCGGCCUAUCUCGACUAUGCCGUUGCGCACAAUUUGAUAGAUGUACAGUCUGAGAUCUACAAAAACGCAGCCAACGUCCAAGAUAAAUGCCAAGACGAGUUCCGGAAAUGGUCUGGUCCUGAGCCUAUUCACUUCAACGACUGCGAAGCUCUCACCGAUGCUGUCCUCAAGUCUGGCACACGGGACGUUGAUGGUGUCGAGAUGUGUACGAAUAUCUACGACGUCCGGCUCGAGGACGAGUACCCCUACUGCGGAACCAAGUGGCCACCAGAUCUCGCUGACGUGACGAAGUAUCUUGACCGUAAAGAUGUUGUUGAUGCACUCCACGCCUCUGCAAAGUCUGAGAGUUGGGUCGAGUGUCUCGGGCGCAUUGGCAGCAACCUCAACGAGGCUGCGGACCCGUCUUCCAUCACUCUGCUUCCCAGCGUAAUCGAGCGCAUACCCGUGCUGUUGUUCGCUGGCGACAAGGACUUCGUGUGCAAUUAUAUGGGCAUUGAGAGCAUGAUCCAAGCCAUGAGCUGGAAUGGCGAAACCGGUCUCGGGAAAGUGUCGACGAAGACUUGGACCGUAAAUAACCAGCCAGCAGGCACAUGGGUAACGUCGCGAAAUUUGACGUACGCCAAGGUGUUCAAUGCAUCGCACAUGGUGCCAUACGACGUCCCGGAUGUUGCACAUGACAUGAUCCUGCGAUUCAUGGGCGUCGACUUCUCAAGAAUCCUCGACGGCUCCGCCCGUAUCCCGAGUGCGAUUGGCGACGAGAUCAAGCCUUCUUUUGAUACCGUAUCUAAUUCGAGCUCGGGAGCGACUCCCAAUGACGAGGCUAAGAAAGCGCUUUGGGAUGAGUACUACAACACCGGAUCAACGGUCCUCAUUCUCUUGCUCAUCGCUAUCGCUGUUGGAGGAUGCAUCUGGUUCCGUCUCCGGCGUCGGCCAGUACAGCUGAACACUAACCCUGCCGAGGAGUCUAUUCCUCUCACGAUGUCGCGGACCGAUGGUUUUGACGAUGAACCGUCAAACCGGAAGAGGAAGGGCAAGGAGAGGGCAACCACUGAGGAGGAAGAGCCGAUUUUCGACGUUGGUGACGAUGAGGAUGAGAGAAGCGAUGAUGGCAGGAAGAGUCGGUGACACGCUAGAGAUAUAGUACCUUUGUUACUGACACUUCUAUCCUCUAAUUUAUUGGGAGCACUAUGAUUCUAAA